AUGUCAGAUUUGCCACCUUCAAAAUUCAUCUCGCGAUUGAACAUACUCGGGCGCGGGGCGACUGCCUGGGUGUUCAAGCUCGACCAGGACAUCGCGCUCAAGUAUGUCCGCAAGGGGCGGCUCAAAGAAUUCCAGGCUGAAAAUGAGAUGUACGAUCUCUUUGAGAAACACAGAUCAUCGCCAUACAUUGUGCACAGCUUUUUCCGGCUCCCGGGGCUUAAUUUCAUGCAACUAAUGUCCUCUGGCCUUGACCAACGUAUUUACAGUAAUCAGCGCCGUGACGAAAGGAAUUUAAGGUGUCUCGAGGUUCUACGCCUGGAACCAACACCAAAGGUCGAACAGUGGGCCGCCGAGCUAUCUGGCGCUCUCGCUUGGUUAGAUUCCUUGGGACUGGUUCAGGGGGACUUGAGACCCCAUAAUAUUUUGCUCGAUGUUGAUGAUCAUCUUAAACUGGCUGACUUCGACUGUGUCGCCAAGGUUGGCUCAAGAAACCCGGGAAAUCCUCCUCCCUGGGCACGUCUGGUACCUAAAGAUGGCUUUGGGAUGUACGGGACGGCAAGCGAGCUGUUCACCUUUGGCUCAAUUCUGUAUAAUCUUACGCAUGGCUGCGAGCCUUACGAAGAGCUGGACUUGGAUGGUAAUGAGGUUGUCGAGUUGCUCAGGUUGAUGAAAUUCCCCGAGUUAUCGCAAUCUGGACUGGACCAGGUCACGUAUCGUUGCUGGCAUGGCGAAUACGAGUCUCUUGCGGAUUUGGCCAGCGAGAUGGCUAACUUAGAGGGUGCAAAGGCCGCACCGCGUGCCGCUUUGUUUGAUGAAAAUCACAUUGCUCCGAUGCGCGACAGGUGCUGCCAAUUCCUUACUGGAAGCCUAGCGGGCAUAGAAAUCGCUGCUGUUUCUAGUGGGGAAGAAUAA